AUGGCUCAUAGAUUAAUAGUUCAAGUUAUAUUUACAGGUGCUCAAGUGUUUGGUAGAGCAUUCACUGAGGCUUAUCGUCAAGCUGCUACACAAACAGCCAAACAAUCAUCAAGUUCGACUGCAAAAGCUGCUCGUGAUUUUGGUAUAACAUUAGAUGAAUCAUCAAAAAUUUUAGAUGUUGAUUUAAAAAAUGUUACAUUAGAUAAAAUUGAUGAAAAAUAUAAUUAUUUAUUUGAUGUUAAUGGUAAAGAGAAGGCAAAUUCAUUUUAUUUACAAUCAAAAGUUUAUUGGGCUGCUGAACGUCUAAAGGGUGAAUUAAAAGCUAAAGAAGAAGCGAAAAAUGCAAAGAGUGAGACGAAGGAAGAAGGAACGCAAGAUCAACCAAAAGCGUGA